AUGGUGCAGCACGAGGUCGAUCCCGGUCCAGAUGACUCCCUCCGCCGUUCCGACAUGGCAGUGACCCGAGUCAGCAGCGCGAUCGACGAUGAAGUUGCUCUGCUAUGGGUUGAGUGCAAGAGCGAUAUCGGAAACGCACGACAAGUUGAGCUUCAAGUUCUUGAACUGUGCAAUCGCAACAUGCCCAGGACCGGUGGCAUUGCCGGUCGCGUGGUUUGGGCUAUGACUACAAUCGGCCUGACCUUCCGUCUCUGGAAGUUUGACAAGAUCACCAGAAGUUUGGCCCCCUUACAUGGCCAACCUGAAGUCACAGCAACUCGCUCCGAAUACAUCGAUGCGAAACACCCCGAUGCUGUUGUCUUCUUCCAUGUUGUGCAACAAAUUAAGAACCACACCGCGUCCAUGUUGACGGAGGCCAUCUCAACAUCUGCGUCUCAUCCAGCUUCCCAUUCCGGUGAUACACCGGGCGUUUCGAGCCUUCCCAGCGCUGAGCCUCAAAUUGGAUACGAGGGAACGAUGAUGCACGACGAUGCCGAUGACAUGACCUGGGACCAGUUUACCGAAUCCCAAACACAAUUUGACCUUACCGACUAUGAUUUGGGGAGUGGACAGGCAGUCAUCGAUAUGGGCGAAGCGUCCGGACAAGCUGGCGAAGCUCACACCGCCAUUCCAUCGGCUUCUAAUACGAGGCCACAUGAGGCAGCAACAGGACCCGGUCACGGGCCGAGUGGUAGGGAGGAUACUGACACGUCCUCUGGUCGAAUGCCGGUUGAUCCUGUCUCGGGAAACUCUGACAACAUACAGGCCUAUGUUGAAUUUGUGACCGUUAGGAAAGUUUCCCACAUGUUGUCGCCCGACGAGUACUUCUUCAGAUGUGCAAACAGAAAGUCGAGGUCGACAAGACGGGAACAAUGGAAAGAAGGAGUGUUCAAUGGGAAACGCGUCUGGGUGUAUAACGACAAGGGUUCGUCAUACAUCAGUAAGGAAAAAAUUAGAUAG